AUGUGUCUCUUCUGGAUAUUGAUAUGUGCAAAUCGAGGUUUAGAUGAAGGCCAAGUAGGCAAACUCGAUUUAUGUGGAAUAAAAAAGGCCAGGAACAAUUUAUUGCGCUUCUAUCAUACUACACGGCAAUUUAACGCAGUAAUUCAAACAUAUUCAAAUUCCGAUUCUAAUCAACCAAACGUCUUUGUAACUUUACCACACCAGCAUCGCCUCGUCUCCCGUCCGUCUCAAAUUAUCGAUAACCCUUUUAGCACCGUACUGUACAUGUGUGUGGAGAUCACUUUUUCAUGUUAUCGACUUCAUAUUGAGCAUAUAUGUUGUUCUCCGUUUGAAGAAACUAUCAUUAUUGACGGAAACCAUCGUUAUAAUGGUGACCAUUAUGCUAAUCUUGUUGCUGCUGUUUACCCCGUGACCAAAUCAUUGCCAUUAUAUUGGGCAGCAUUCGGCUCGCCUCUUUACCUAAUGAAGUCAGCCAAAUUAACACAGUAUAAAUAUAAUUUCUUUUCUCCAUUGAAAAUUGAUACCGACAAAAGUUAUUGUUUUACUAUGGUGAGAAGCUUCGUCGAAUGUGUUGAAAUGCUGAUUGUCGAUGUCCUUAUGAAGUCCUAUGCAAUAUUUCUCGAUAAGUCAUUGGUGAAUUAUCAUAAGGGUGCUUACAAGUGA